ACUCAGCAGCCGCUGACUGACUGACUGGAGCGCAAGCUUCCAGCUCAAUCUUCGUCCAGCGGCGCAGGAACGUUGGGUUCGUCGUCGUCGUCGUGUCUGCACCGGAGAACAAAAGACGUUUAACUGCACGGUCCCAGUGGCCGGCUCUUCAUCACCGCUAGCUUGAUGCUCCCCGCAGCCUGCUAGCCUUUGUGGCGGCGCCGUCCAUGCAUCCGGGGAACCCCUAAAGCACCCUGGGCUGGGAGAAGCCUGCCUUGCUCGCCUUGACACCGCGAAAUACCCCUUGAGUGGCUACCAGCUGCCCUACACCGAGAGAGGAGGCAUCGUCACCACUACCAUCGGCGAGAUUCCAGUGUUUGCAGGCUCCAGAUUGACACACCAAGAGGCGAUUGAUGAGUAAUAUUCCCUCCAGAUAGAGCACAAUGUUGCGCACCACGGCCAACAUGCUGGCGACUGGAUUGCUUGUCUUGGGAAUGUUGCACAGCUCGGAAUUAUUCACCCCACCGAGACCCAUUGAUGCCCCAAAGACGUGCAGUCCAAAGCAGUUUGUGUGCAAAGAUGGAGUGACCUGCAUCUCAAAAGGAUGGCGCUGUGAUCGAGAAAAAGAUUGCCCAGACGGCUCGGACGAGGAGCCAGAUGUUUGUCCACACAGUGCCGUUUCCCGGUGCCCCCCCAAUGAAUACCAGUGUGGUGGGACAGAGCUCUGCAUCCAUAUGAGUAAACUGUGCAACGGUGUGUCAGACUGUACAGACGGCUGGGACGAGGGACCACACUGCCGAGAGUUGAUAUCCAACUGCACACUGAAGGGCUGUCAGGGCAGCUGUGCAGUGACUCCAGGAGGUGCGGCUUGUUACUGUAAGAAUGGCUAUGAGAUCAGCCCAGACGGAAAGAGCUGCAAAGAUUUCGACGAGUGCAACGUCUACGGCACCUGCAGUCAGACCUGCACCAACACAGAUGGCUCCUAUACUUGCUCAUGUGUCGAAGGUUACUUGCCUCAGCCGGACAAUCGAUCCUGCAAGGCAAAAAAUGUUCCAGUCGACCGUCUGCCCGUGCUGCUGAUUUCCAAUUCUCAGAACAUCCAGGCGACCUCCCUCAGUGGAACCACAGUUCACAGCCUUUUAUCAACGAGCACCAAACAGACCACUGCCAUGGACUUCCUCUAUGCUCAGGAGAUGGUCUGCUGGAUCCACAUGGGAGACUCGCCGUCAUCCACGCAGCUGAAGUGUGCCAAGAUCCCUAAUCUGAAAAGCUUCACCGAAGAGAGAGCCAUCAACAUCUCCUUCAGCUUACACCAUGUGGAACAGAUGGCCAUUGACUGGCUAACAGGAAACUUUUACUUUGUGGAUGACGUGGAUGACCGGAUCUUUGUGUGCGACAAGGAUGGCCAGACAUGUGUCACUCUGCUGGACCAGGAGCUGUACAACCCGAAAGGCAUCGCCCUGGACCCCACCAUGGGGAAGGUGUUCUUCUCCGACUAUGGUCAGAUCCCUAAGGUGGAGCGCUGCGACAUGGAUGGCCAGAACCGAACCAAGCUGGUGGACAGCAAGAUUGUAUUUCCACAUGGCAUCACGCUGGACCUGGUCAGCAGGCUUGUGUACUGGGCUGAUGCCUACCUGGACUACAUUGAAGUGGUGGAUUAUGAAGGGAAGAACCGACACACCAUCAUUCAAGGCCUUCUGAUUGAGCAUCUCUACGGGCUGACUGUGUUUGAAAACUAUCUCUACGCCACCAACUCGGACAACGCCAACAUGCAGCCUAAGACCAGUGUCAUCAGGGUCAACCGCUUCAACAGCACUGACUACCAAGUGGUGACUCGGGUGGACAAGGGUGGCGCUCUCCACGUUUAUCACCAGAGGAGACAGCCUCCAGUUCGUAGCCAUGCAUGUGAGGUUGACCAGUUUGGAAAAGCCGGAGGCUGUUCCGAUAUCUGUCUACUGGGAAAUGGCCACAAGACCCGGACGUGUCGUUGUCGCUCUGGAUUCAGCCUGGGAAGUGAUGGGAAGUCGUGCAAAAAGCCUGAGCAUGAGCUCUUCCUGGUGUAUGGCAAAGGUCGUCCAGGGGUGAUCCGCGGCAUGGACUUGAAUGCCAAGGUGCCUGAUGAGUACAUGAUUCCCAUCGAAAAUCUGAUGAACCCCAGAGCCCUGGACUUCCAUGCUGAGAGCGAGUUUAUAUACUUCGCUGAUGCCACCAGCUAUGUCAUUGGACGCCAGAAGAUUGAUGGAACAGAGAGAGAUACAAUUCUCAAGACAGGAAUACACACAGUGGAGGGAUUAGCUGUAGACUGGAUGGCAGACAACUUGUACUGGACAGAUGAUGGACCCAAGAAAACCAUCAGUGUGGCUCGUCUGGAAAAGGCUUCACAGACUCGUAAAACUCUCAUUGAAGGGAAGAUGACUCACCCCCGUGCAAUUGUUGUGGAUCCUCUGAAUGGGUGGAUGUACUGGACAGACUGGGAGGAGGAUCCUAAGGAGAGCAAGCGUGGUAAAAUUGAGCGGGCGUGGAUGGAUGGGUCCAACAGGAACGUGUUCCUGACAAGCAAAACCGUGCUGUGGCCCAAUGGUCUGAGCCUGGACAUCCCUCAGGGUAUUCUCUAUUGGGUGGAUGCCUACUAUGACCGAAUUGAGAUGGUUUACCUGAACAGCUCAGAGCGGAAGACUGUGUAUGAGGGUCAGGAACUGAACCACGCCUUUGGUCUGUGCCACUAUAAACACUUCUUGUUCUGGAACGAGUACCGCAGUGGUAGCAUUUACAAGCUGGACAGCACCACCGGUACUGCAACCGUGCUGCGCAAUGAGAGGCCCCCCAUUUUUGAAAUCCGCAUGUAUGAUGCUCAGCAACAACAAGGCUCUAACGCGUGCCGUGUGUACAAUGGAGGCUGCAGCAGCUUGUGUCUGGCCAUUCCAGGUGGUCGGCAGUGUGCUUGUGCUGAAGACCAAAUACUUGACCCCACUGACAACACCAGCUGCAAAGCCAACCCGUUGUAUGUGAACCCACAUCAGUGUCAGCCAGGAGAGUUCAUUUGUAAGAACAACCGCUGCAUCCAGGAGCGCUGGAGGUGUGAUGGAGACAACGAUUGUCUGGACAACAGUGACGAGGCUCUCGACCUGUGUCACCAGCACACUUGCCCCACUGACAGAUUUAAGUGCCAGAACAACCGCUGCAUCCCCUUGCGCUGGUUGUGUGAUGGCGACAAUGACUGUGGGAAUGAUGAGGAUGAGUCCAACACCACAUGUUCAGCUCGGACUUGCCCACCAAACCAGUACUCAUGUGCGAGCGGACGCUGCAUCCCUGCUUCUUGGACCUGUGACCUGGACGAUGACUGUGGGGAUCGAUCAGAUGAACCAGCGUCAUGCGCGUAUCCUACUUGUUUCCCCCUGACACAGUUCACAUGCAACAACGGACGCUGUAUAAACAUCAACUGGCGCUGUGAUAAUGAUAAUGACUGUGGGGACAACAGUGAUGAGGCAGGCUGCAGUCACUCCUGCUCCAGUGCUCAGUUCAAAUGUAACAGUGGCCGUUGCAUUCCGGAUUAUUGGACCUGUGAUGGCGAUAAUGACUGUGGGGAUUACAGCGAUGAGACCCAUGCUAACUGCACGAACCAGGCCACUCGUCCACCUGGUGGCUGUCACACCGACGAGUUUCAGUGUAUGAUGGACGGCCUUUGCAUCCCCUUGCGCUGGCGCUGUGACGGCGACACAGACUGUAUGGACUUAAGCGAUGAGAAGAACUGUGAGGGGGUCACACACAUGUGCGACCCUGCCGUCAAGUUUGGGUGUAGAGACUCUGCACGGUGCAUAAGCAAAGCCUGGAUGUGUGAUGGAGACAGUGACUGUGAGGACAACUCUGAUGAAGAAAACUGUGAGGCACUGGUGUGUAAACUCUCCCACCAUGUUUGUGCCAAUGACUCCACCAUCUGCCUGCCUGCGGAGAAACUCUGUGAUGGCACUGAUGACUGUCCAGAUGGCUCUGACGAGAAACUCUGUGAUCUGUGUUCACUUGACAAUGGUGACUGCAGCCAUAACUGCACUGUGUCACCUGGGGAAGGUGUGAUAUGUUCAUGUCCCCUGGGAAUGGAGUUGGGAUCUGAUAACAAAACCUGCCAGAUCCAGAGUUUCUGUGCCAAACACCUCAAGUGCAGUCAGCGCUGUGAACAGGACAAGUUCAGUGUGAAAUGCUCAUGUUAUGAGGGCUGGGAGCUGGAGCCAGACAUGGAGAACUGCAGAAGCACAGAUCCCUUUAAGCCGUUCAUUAUCUUCUCGAACCGCCAUGAGAUCCGCCGUAUCGAUCUCAACAAAGGGGAAUUUAGCGUGUUGGUGCCUGGUUUGAGAAAUACCAUUGCCUUGGACUUCCAUCUGAGCCAGAGUGCGCUCUAUUGGACAGAUGUGGUGGAGGAUAAGAUCUACCGUGGGAAGCUGUCUGAGAAUGGGGCUCUGACAAGCUUCGAUGUGGUGAUCCAGUAUGGACUGGCUACCCCAGAGGGCCUGGCUGUGGACUGGAUAGCAGGAAACAUUUACUGGGUAGAAAGUAACCUGGAUCAGAUUGAGGUGGCCAGGCUAGAUGGGACCAUGAGGACCACGCUGCUGGCUGGAGAAGUUGAGCAUCCUCGAGCAAUUGCCCUUGACCCUCGUGACGGGAUCCUCUUCUGGACUGACUGGGACGCCAGCCUGCCCAGGAUAGAAGCAGCAUCCAUGAGUGGUGAAGGCCGGAAAACCAUCCACAAAGAAACUGGCAAUGGAGGCUGGCCAAAUGGACUGACUGUUGACUAUUUAGAGCGCCGCAUCCUUUGGAUUGAUGCCAGGUCUGAUGCCAUUUACUCGGCCAAAUACGAUGGGUCAGGACUCAUUGAGGUUCUGAGGGGCCAUGAGUACCUGUCGCACCCCUUCGCUGUCACCAUGUACGGUGGGGAGGUUUACUGGACAGACUGGAGGACCAACACACUGGCAAAGGCAAACAAGUGGACCGGCAGCAAUGUUACCGUGGUCCAGAGAACCAAUACGCAACCUUUUGACUUGCAAGUGUACCAUCCGUCCAGACAGCCAGAGGCUCCAAACCCAUGUGCGGCCAAAGAUGGCAAGGAUCCAUGUUCUCAUCUGUGCCUCAUUAACUAUAAUCAGACCUUCUCCUGUGCCUGUCCUCAUCUCAUGAAACUCGGUCCAGACAAACGCACCUGCUUCGAGUCUCGUCAGUUCCUGCUUUAUGCUCGCCAGAUUGAGAUUCGCGGAGUAGACAUCGACAAUCCCUACUACAACUACAUUAUCUCCUUCACUGUUCCGGACAUCGACAAUGUGACCGUGGUGGACUAUGAUGCCCUAGAGCAUCGCAUCUACUGGUCAGACGUUCGAACCCAAACAAUAAAGAGAGCAUUUAUUAAUGGUACUGGAGUGGAGACCGUCGUGUCUGCAGAUCUCCCCAAUGCUCAUGGUCUUGCGGUGGACUGGGUGUCCAGAAACCUAUUCUGGACCAGCUAUGAUGCCAACAAGAAACAGAUCAACGUUGCCAGACUGGAUGGCUCCUUCAAGAAUGCUGUGAUACAGGGUCUGGACAAGCCGCACUGUCUUGUGCUGCAUCCAAUUCUGGGGAAGCUCUACUGGACAGAUGGAGACAACAUCAGCAUGGCCAACACAGACGGCAGCAACCGCAGCUUGUUGUUCACCAACCAGAAAGGCCCAGUUGGUCUCUCCAUCGACUUUGACACUGAGCAGCUUUACUGGAUCAGCUCAGGAAAUAGCACCAUCAACAGAUGCAAACUGGAUGGAUCUGGACUGGAGGUGCUAGAGGGAAUGAAAGGAAAGCUCUCUAAGGCUACUGCCCUGGCCAUCAUGGGAGAGAAAUUGUGGUGGGCAGACCAAGGAACAGACCAAAUAGGAAUCUGUGACAAGAAGGAUGGUGGCAAUUGGAAAGUCUUGAGAAACAGCACUUCCCCGAUGAUGCACAUGAAAAUCUACAAUGAAACUGUUCAGAAAGGCACCAAUCUGUGCAGCAAUAACAACGGAGACUGUUCCCAGCUGUGCCUCCCCACCUCCCCAACCACCAGAGCCUGCAUGUGCACAGCAGGGUACAGCCUUCGUAGAGGCCAGCAGUCUUGUGAAGGUGUCGGCUCUUUCCUUUUGUAUUCUGUGCAUGAGGGGAUCCGCGGCAUUCCAUUGGAUCCAUCUGACAAGUCUGAUGCCCUAGUACCUGUGUCAGGCACUUCCCUGGCUGUGGGCAUAGAUUUCCAUGCAGACAAUGACACCAUCUACUGGGUGGAUAUGGGCCUGAGCACCAUCAGCAGGGCCAAGAGAGACCAGACCUGGAGAGAGGAUGUGGUCACUAAUGGCAUUGGCAGGGUCGAGGGCAUUGCUGUCGACUGGAUAGCAGGGAACAUCUAUUGGACGGAUCAGGGCUUUGAUGUGAUUGAGGUAGCCAGACUUAACGGCUCCUUCCGUUAUGUGGUGAUAUCCCAGGGCUUGGACAAACCUCGCGCCAUCACUGUGCACCCUGCGAAAGGCUACUUGUUCUGGACGGAGUGGGGACAGUAUCCUCGCAUUGAACGCUCGCGUCUUGACGGCUCGCAGAGGGCUGUUCUGGUAAAUGUCAGCAUCAGUUGGCCCAAUGGCAUUUCCAUCGACUACGAGGAUGGUUUGUUGUACUGGUGCGAUGCCAGGACUGAUAAAAUUGAGCGCAUCAACCUGGAGACGGGAGAAAACAGGGAAGUGGUGCUUGCCAACAACAACAUGGACAUGUUCUCCGUGUCCGUGUUUGAGAGCUACAUCUACUGGAGCGAUAGGACUCAUGCCAACGGUUCUAUAAAAAGAGGGAAUAAAGACAAUGCCACAGACUCUGUAUCUCUGAGGACCGGUAUUGGUGUUCAGCUCAAAGACAUCAAGGUUUUCAACCGGGCCAGGCAGCAGGGUACAAAUGUGUGCAAGGACAACAACGGUGGCUGCCACCAGCUUUGUCUUUUCCGGGGAAAUGGACAGCGGACGUGUGCCUGUGCCCACGGCAUGCUGGCCGAAGAUGGCCAAAGCUGCAGAGACUAUGAUGGCUAUCUCCUCUACUCUGAGCGAACAAUACUAAAGAGUGUUCAUCUUUCGGAUGAAAACAACCUCAACGCCCCGAUAAAACCAUUUGAGGACCCUGAGCACAUGAAGAACGUCAUCGCAUUGACUUUUGACUACCGAGGAGGGGGAGGGAAAGGAGCCAAUCGCAUCUUCUUCAGCGACAUCCACUUCGGAAACAUCCAGCAGAUCAGUGACGAUGGCUCUGAUCGCAAGACUGUAGUAGAGAAUGUGGGUUCAGUGGAGGGUUUGGCGUACCAUAGAGGAUGGGAUAUGCUCUAUUGGACCAGCUACACUACCUCUACUAUCACCCGACACACUGUGGAUCAGAGCCGUUGGGGAGCUGUCGACCGUCACACUGUGGUUACAAUGUCUGGUGAUGAUCACCCCAGAGCCUUCGUCCUUGACGAGUGUCAGAGUCUGAUGUUCUGGACCAACUGGAAUGAGCAGUCUCCCAGUAUCAUGCGGGCCACUCUCACCGGUGCCAAUGUACUUGUAAUCAUUGGUACAGACAUCCGAACUCCCAACGGCCUGGCCAUAGACCACCGUGCUGAGAAACUGUACUUUUCCGACGCCACUCUUGACAAGAUAGAACGCUGCGAGUAUGAUGGCAGUCGACGAUAUGUGGUGCUGAAGAACGAACCGGUCCAUCCGUUUGGCCUGGCUGUGUACGGAGACUAUAUCUUCUGGACUGACUGGGUGAGGCGAGCUGUGCUGAGAGCUGACAAAUAUACUGGAGGAGACAUGAAGGUUCUUCGUGCUGACAUACCCCAGCAGCCCAUGGGCAUUGUAGCCGUGGCUAAUGACACCAACAGCUGUGAGUUCUCUCUAUGCCGUUUUAACAAUGGAGGAUGUCAGGACCUUUGUUUGCUCACUUCUGAGGGAAGGGUUAACUGCAGUUGCCGUGGCGACAGGAAGCUUUUGGAAGACAACACUUGCAUAGCUCAGAACACAACUUGUAACGUCAUUGAUGAGUUUGAGUGUGGAAAUGGAGACUGUGUCAAUUACACCCUGACAUGUGACGGCAAGCCCCACUGCAAGGACAAGUCCGAUGAGAAGCAGUCAUAUUGUGCAAACCGUGUGUGUAAGAAGGGCUACAGACGCUGCACGAAUGGCCGCUGUGUGGAACACAGUGUUUGGUGUAAUGGGCAUGACAACUGUGGAGACAAUUCUGAUGAGCUCUUCUGCAAUGCCUCCUUGUGUUCGGCUGAUCAGUUCCAGUGCAGAGGUGGUGGCUGCAUCAGCAAUUCCAGCAAGUGUAACCAAAAAGUGGACUGUGAGGAUGCCAGUGACGAAAUGAACUGCUAUGCUACUGACUGCUCAAGCUAUUUCCACCUGGGCGUGAAGGGAAUGACAUUUCAGAAGUGCGAGUUUACUACUCUCUGCUACGCCCCCUCCUGGAUCUGUGAUGGUGCAAAUGACUGCGGGGACUUGUCAGAUGAGAGAAACUGCCCAGGGAGUGGAAAAACAAAGUGUCCGCCUCCUUUCUUCGCCUGUCCCAGCGGUCGUUGUAUCCCCAUGAGCUGGACCUGUGACAAGGAAUAUGACUGUGAGAAUGGAGCGGAUGAGGCUCACUGUGAUAAAUUCUGCUCCGCCUCUCAGUUUGAGUGUGGGAACCACCGCUGCAUUUCCAACCGCUGGGUGUGUGAUGGAGCCGAUGACUGUGGUGACGGCACUGAUGAAGACAGCAAGUGCAAAACAAAAACCUGCAGCCCUGAAGCGUUUCAGUGUCCCGGUUCUCACAUGUGUAUUCCACAACACUGGAAAUGUGAUGGAGACAAAGACUGCCCCGAUGGAGCUGACGAGAGCGUGAAGGUUGGCUGCGUCUUCAACAACACAUGCAGCGAUAACGAGUUCAUGUGCCAAAACCGCCAGUGUAUCCCCAAACACUUUGUGUGUGACCACGACAAGGACUGCAGUGAUGGCUCGGAUGAGUCACCGGAGUGUGAAUAUCGAACCUGUGGACCCAAUGAAUUCCGCUGUGCCAACGGGCGCUGCAUCAACCAGAGCUCAUGGCAGUGCGAUGGAGACUUCGACUGUCAUGACCGUUCAGAUGAAGCGCCCAUCAAUCCACGCUGCACAAGCACAGACAAGAAGUGCAAUGACACAGCAUAUGCCUGCGCCAACGGCAACUGUAUCAACGAGACACUACUCUGUGAUCACAAAGACGACUGCGGGGACGGUACUGAUGAGCUCAACUGCUUCAUCAAUGAAUGUCUGAACCACAAGCUUAGCGGCUGCUCGCAGCUGUGUGAGGACCUCAAGAUUGGAUUCAAGUGCCGAUGCCACCCAGGCUUCCGCCUUAAAGUGGAUGGAAAAACAUGUGUGGACAUCGAUGAGUGUACAACCACCUACCCGUGCACGCAGCGGUGUAUUAAUACACGCGGCAGCUACCACUGCAUGUGUGUGGAGGGAUUCCAGAUCAGCCCAGAAAACCCAACAAUAUGCAAAUCUACCUCAGAUGAGGAGCCGUUCCUGAUAUUUGCCAACAGAUACUACCUGAGGAAGCUGAACUUGGAUGGUUCCAACUACACACUUCUCAAACAGGGCUUGAACAAUGCAGUGGCUCUGGACUUUGACUACCGGCAGCAGAUGAUUUACUGGACAGAUGUGACGACACAGGGCAGCAUGAUCCGACGCAUGCACAUCAAUGGCAGCGAUGUUCAGGUUCUUCAUCGCACAUCACUUAGCAACCCAGAUGGACUGGCAGUUGAUUGGGUUGGAGGGAACCUCUACUGGUGUGACAAGGGGCGGGACACUAUUGAGGUCUCCAAGCUGAAUGGAGCGUACCGGACCGUCUUGGUCAACAACGGCCUGAGAGAGCCUCGUGCUGUAGCUGUGGAUGUACGCUAUGGGUACCUGUACUGGUCAGACUGGGGCGACAGCCCUCACAUUGGGAGAAUUGGGAUGGACGGCACGAAAAGGAGUAACAUCAUCGAGGAUAAGAUCACCUGGCCCAAUGGCCUGACUCUGGACUUUGUCAACGACCGUAUCUACUGGGCGGAUGCCAGGGAAGACUACAUUGCUUUUGCCAGCCUGGAUGGAAGCAACAGACACACUGUUCUGACUCAGGACAUCCCCCACAUCUUUGCAAUGACUUUGUUUGAGGAAUACAUCUACUGGACCGACUGGGAGACAAAAUCUAUCAACAGAGCGCACAAGACUCUUGGUAUCAACAAGACGAUGUUGAUCAGCACCCUGCACCGACCCAUGGACGUCCAUAUCUACCACCCGUACCGCCAGCCGGACGUUGCUGACCAUCCAUGCCAGAUUAACAACGGAGGGUGCAGCAACUUGUGUCUACUGUCACCAGGAGGUGGCUACAAAUGCGCCUGCCCAACCAAUUUUUACCUGGCAGCGGAUGGGAAACAGUGUUUGUCAAACUGCACCGCCAGCCAGUUUGUCUGCAAAAACGACAAGUGCAUUCCAUUCUGGUGGAAGUGUGACACCGAAGACGAUUGUGGGGAUCGAUCGGAUGAGCCCGCAGACUGCCCGGAGUUCAAGUGUCGGCCAGGCCAGUUCCAGUGCCGAACAGGAAUCUGCACAAACCCAGCCUACAUCUGUGACGGAGACAACGACUGCCAAGACAAUUCUGAUGAGGCCAAUUGCGACAUCCAUGUGUGUCUGCCCAGCCAGUUUAAGUGUACUCACCCCAGCCGCUGCAUUCCCGGCAUCUUCCGCUGCAAUGGGCAGGACAACUGUGGCGAGGGCGAGGACGAGAAAGAUUGCCCGGAAGUCACCUGUGCCCCCAACCAGUUCCAGUGUGCCAUUACCAAGCGCUGCAUUCCUCGUGUCUGGGUUUGUGACCGGGACAACGACUGCGUGGACGGAUCUGAUGAGCCGGCCAACUGCACUCAAAUGACUUGUGGAGUGGAUGAGUUCCGCUGUAAGGACUCAGGCCGAUGCAUCCCGGCGCGUUGGAAAUGUGACGGAGAGGACGACUGUGGAGACGCUUCCGAUGAACCCAAAGAAGAGUGUGACGAGCGGACGUGUGAGCCGUACCAGUUCCGCUGCAAGAACAACCGCUGUGUGCCAGGCCGCUGGCAGUGCGAUUACGACAAUGACUGUGGGGACAACUCUGACGAAGACAAGUGUGUGCCUCGCCAGUGUUCCGAGAGUGAGUUCGCCUGCACAAAUGGCCGCUGCAUUGCUGGGCGCUGGAAGUGUGACGGAGAUCACGACUGCGCCGACGGCUCAGAUGAGAAUGGCUGCGAUGUGAAGUGUGACAGCGAUCAGUUCCAGUGCAAGAAUGGCCAUUGCAUCCCAAUUCGCUGGCGGUGCGAUGCUGAUGCGGACUGUAUGGACGGAAGUGAUGAGGAGAAAUGUGACAGUGGUGUAGGUAGACACUGCCCCCUGGAUGAGUUCCAGUGCAACAACACUCUGUGCAAACCUCUGGGCUGGAAGUGUGACGGUGAGGACGACUGCGGCGAUAACUCGGACGAGAACGCGGAGGAGUGUGUGAAGUUCCAGUGCCCUCCCAUGAGGCAAUUCCGCUGCCACAAUGACCGGGUUUGUCUGCCCUUAUCAAAGCGCUGCGAUGGUGUCAACAACUGUGGUGACAACAGUGAUGAACUCAACUGCUUGCCUCCUUCAACUCCAAUAUGCCACAAGGAUGAGUUCAGGUGCUCCAAUGGACGCUGCAUUAGCUCCAUCCUGCGCUGCAACUACUUCAACGACUGUGAAGAUUAUGGUUCUGAUGAAAUGAACUGUAAUAAGAAAGACACAGUGCUCAACGAUUGCAACAGCAACCGAACGGUGUGUGGGGAUGGAGAUGAAGCCCACUGUGUGGUGAACGGAACCAGCAGUUUCUGCUCCUGCAAGCCUGGAUUCCAGUCUAAUGGACGCAACAGAUGUGAAGAUAAGAAUGAAUGCAGUCAAUUUGGAGUCUGUUCCCACAUCUGCAACAACACCAAAGGGUCCUACAAGUGCAUCUGCCACAAGUACUUCAGCCGAGUCAAUGACACCUGCAAAGCGGACAGCCCGAGACAAGUCCUCUAUAUUGCCGACGACAACGAGAUCCGUAGCCUGGACCCUUUCAUGCCGAGUUGGCGGUACGAACAGAUCUUCCAGGGCGACGCCAACGUGCGCAUCGAUGCGAUGGACCUGCAUGUGAAGACGAACCGCAUUUACUGGACAAACUGGCACACUGGUCGCAUUUCUUCUUAUGAAUUACCCUCGUCCUCGUCUUCGCCCAACAACAACCGACACAGGCGCCAGACUGACUCCAGAAUCACCAACCUUGAGAUUCCUGACCUGAAGAUGCCCAGAGGUAUCGCUGUGGAUUGGGUGGCAGGAAACCUGUACUGGACAGACUCGGGGCGGGAUGUGAUCGAAGUGGCUCAGUUAACCGGAGGACGCCAUCGGAAGACUCUCAUCUCUGGCAUGAUAGACGAGCCUUACGCCAUCGUCGUCGACCCCCCGAGAGGGAAAAUGUACUGGGCUGACUGGGGAAACCAUCCCAAGAUAGAAACGGCUGCGAUGGAUGGAACAAUGAGAGAGACUCUGGUCGAAGAAAACAUUCAAUGGCCGACAGGUCUUGCCGUGGACUAUUAUAACCAGCGACUGUACUGGGCCGACGCCAAGCUCUCUUUGAUUGGCAGCGUGCGUCUGAAUGGCAGCGAUGCUGUCGUGGCUGCGAACGCCUUUAAGAACAAGCUCCACCACCCCUUCAGUAUCGACGUCUUCGAAGACUACAUCUACGGCAUCACCUACAUCAACAACUACGUCUUCAGGGUGAACAAGUUUGGCAAAGGUCAUGUGGAGAACCUCACCACGGGCAUGAAUCACGCCACAGAUUUAGUUCUGUAUCAUCGCAACAAGCAGCCCGAGAUGACCAACUCCUGCGACAAGAAGAAAUGCGAGUGGUUGUGUCUGCUCAGCCCGAGUGGCCCAGUGUGUACCUGUCCCAAUGGACGCACACUUGACAACGGCACCUGUGUGGAGCUGCCCACGCCCACACAGUCUCCUGUCUCUCCUCCCAGUGGCCCGUGUCUGGUCCAGUGUCUGAACGGAGGAAGCUGCUUCCUGAACGCGCACAAACAGCCCAAAUGUCGGUGUCAGCCCAAUUACGGUGGGGACCGCUGUGAGAUUGACCAGUGCAGAGACUACUGCAAGAACGGAGGGACUUGCACACCGUCCCCUACAGGCUCUCCCACCUGCCGCUGCCCGAGGGGCUUCACUGGACCGAACUGCAACCUUAAAACGUGCCAGGAUUACUGCAAGAAUGGAGGCAACUGCACCGUCAGUGCCGGAAACCAGCCGACUUGCGCUUGUCCUGCUGAUGCUCUUGGCGAUCAGUGCCAGUACCGAAGCUGUGAGGGUCACUGCCUGAACAAAGGAACAUGCCUGCAGACGGCCACGGGCUCCAAACAGUGCCGCUGCCCACCACAGUACACCGGCAGCACCUGUGAGAUCGACAAGUGCCACUACUGUCGAGACGGCGAGUGCAUCCCCAGCAACAGUUUCACCACCACGGGAGGCUUCACCUGUCGCUGCUCCAACGGACGCAUCCAGCCCAGCUGCUACUCCUGCGACACCAACGAGUAUUGUGCAAACGGCCAGUGCUCCAUCAACCCGCUCACUCACCUGCCUGAGUGCAAAUGCUCCCCAGGCUGGAUGGGCCAUCGCUGCAAGGCUGUGGCCACGAGCGAGGGCGCUGCAGACACAGGAGGACGUACCGCCUCCAUCCUGAUCCCCGUGCUGCUCCUGCUGCUGCUGCUCCUGCUGGCUGCUGGAGCAUUCGCCUGGUACAGAAGAAGGAUGAGAGGGUCUAGCCGGCCCGGCAAAACCGGCUCCAGACGCUUGCGGGCCAAGGGCUUCCAGCACCAGCGGAUGACCAACGGAGCCAUGAACGUGGAGAUUGGAAAUCCGGCCUACAAGAUCUAUGAAGGCGAGCAGGACGAUGACGCUGGAGAGCUGCUGGACGCCGACUUCGCGCUGGAUCCCGAUAAGCCCACCAACUUCACCAACCCGGUGUAUGCCACGCUCUACAUGGGGGCGCACAACAGUCGCAACUCUCUGGCCAGCACAGACGAGAAGAAGGAGCUGCUGUCACGUGGCGAUGAGGAGCCUCUCGUCGACCCGCUGGCGUAGACCCGCCCACCACCGCCGCCAACCCUCGGAUCACAUUACUCCAAACAUGUCCCUCUUCUUGCCUUUUAAGAAAGAUUUAACAAAAAAAAACUGUCGAAAAAAAUCCACAAAAAGCCAGAAAAUUAAGAAAAAGUGUGAACACUGUAUAAAAUGUACAAAAAUGAAGGACUACUUUUGUAUGUGAUUGCAGUAUUAUAUUUUGUUCUUUUGAGAUUCCUCUGCUCAAAAAUAACAUUUUCUAUGAGAGAUUUUUAAUUUACACUUGUCCCGCACCCUUUACCUAAAUAGUCACUACCUCUGUGCAAAAAAAUGAAAUGGAAAUAAGAAAAUUAGAAUCAUCAGAGCAAUUUUAAUUUUUUAUUUUUGUAUGAAUUGUAUAGACGUGAGAGAGAAGAGUCAUGAUUCCAUUUCAGCAGUGCCAACGUGUUGUUUGUAUGAGCUUUGAGCGGGGAAGCAGAACUCGAGGUGUUUUUUUUCUAAACCGGUACGCGUGUUGCUGAGGUCGUGUUGGGGUGAAGAGGGAUGGAGUCGUGACGUUCAGCACCUGGUGGCGACUUGAGGUGUGUCGCCGGCCUUGCACAGAAGUCAUGUUAGGGUUCAAGUCUAGUUAGUUUUUAAUCAUAUCGGACGAAGAAGUGUGGAUUCAAACAUUCCAGCUCGACGGCGGACGAACAUUCCCACGGCGAAUAAAGUGGGGUUGAGGGGAGUGUAGCGGUGCGAGUAAAGGAAGUGGUUCAGACAAAGAAGAGAGGCCUUCACUUAGUCUUUUCUUUUCUUCCGGUCCAUCGUUUCAGUGUUUUCCCUUCCGUGGAUGGAAGUCUGUACGCCGCAGUUUUGUGACGACUCGUCGUUGAAGUGCAUUAUGUUAGUUCCUGUCCCGCUGCUGCUAACGCCGCCAUCCUGGUCCGUACGCGGUCUCGCCUCGGUCCCCAAAUGCUGCUUCUGUCAUAAAUGUGUCAGCCAUAUUUUAGUGCAUGUUAAAAGAAAAGAAAAAAAACGACGCCAAUCCUGAAUAUAAUAGCACGUUUUUGUGUUGCUUCUCCUGUCGGCAAGUGUUACUUUUUUUACAAUUUUUUUUUUUUUUUUUUUAAUUGAGAAAAGUACAA